CCGGCGAUUGGCCGGCUCUCGGCAGCCAAUGGGCGCGAGCGUUGCUGCGCGGUGCGAGGCACGAGGGGCGCGGGGGGCACGGGAGCGGCCGGGGCUGAGGCGCCGCCGCCGCCGCCAUGAGCUCCAUCGGCACCGGGUAUGACCUGUCGGCUUCCACAUUUUCUCCAGAUGGCAGAGUGUUUCAGGUUGAAUAUGCUAUGAAAGCUGUGGAGAAUAGUAGUACAGCAAUUGGGAUCAGAUGCAAAGACGGUGUUGUCUUCGGAGUAGAAAAACUAGUUCUGUCCAAGCUUUAUGAGGAGGGUUCCAAUAAACGCCUCUUCAAUGUAGAUCGACAUGUUGGAAUGGCGGUAGCGGGGCUCCUGGCAGAUGCUCGUUCUUUGGCAGACAUAGCCAGAGAAGAGGCUUCUAACUUCAGGUCAAACUAUGGCUAUGAUAUUCCUCUGAAGCACCUCGCAGACAGAGUGGCGAUGUAUGUGCACGCAUACACGCUGUACAGUGCCGUCAGACCUUUUGGCUGCAGUUUCAUGUUGGGCUCCUAUGAUGAGGACGAUGGGGCACAGCUGUACAUGAUUGAUCCAUCAGGAGUUUCAUACGGUUACUGGGGGUGUGCCAUCGGCAAAGCCAGACAGGCUGCAAAGACAGAAAUAGAAAAACUCCAGAUGAAAGAAAUGACCUGCCGUGAUGUUGUUAAAGAGGUUGCGAAAAUAAUCUACAUAGUUCAUGACGAAGUAAAGGAUAAAGCUUUUGAGCUGGAACUCAGCUGGGUUGGAGAAAUAACCAACGGAAAACAUGAAAUUGUUCCCAAAGACAUCAGGGAAGAAGCAGAAAAAUAUGCCAAGGAAUCUUUGAAAGAGGAGGAUGAAUCAGACGAUGACAAUAUGUAACAUAUUGUUACUUCAAGACAAGUUCAACUUUUCUUACCUUACAGCUUUUAUUUCAAAAGAGAAUAGGCCAGCGUCAUCAAGAAGUAACUUUGUCAAAACAGACAUUAAGAGGGAAAGAGAUUACCAGGCUGGUGUUGCUUCCUUUUACUCCAGCACUCUACUAGAGCCAGGCUUGGUACAGAAAACCAUCUGCUUGAAAAUGUGACAAGUCUCUUGUUUAUACAGCAUAGUUUAAUAUUAAAAU